GCAGGAUCAGCUGUUGCUUGUACUCAUGGCGGCGUCUAGAAGAAUACUGCAUUUCUUCAGGCAUCUCUCUCGAUUAGACUGUAAUAACUCAUCUUCUCUUCGUCCCUCGCUCUUCAUCUGUUACAGAGGAAUCAGUUCGAAACUUUUCGUUGGAGGAUUAUCAUUUUACACCACAGAAAACUCAUUAUCAGAAGCAUUUUCACAGUAUGGUCAAGUGAUUGAAGCUAAAAUAGUGAUGGACAGAGUCUCUGACAGAUCCAAAGGUUUCGGAUUUGUUACCUACGCCUCUGAAAAUGAAGCUGAAAAUGCCCGAACUGAAAUGAAUGGCAAGGUACUCAAUGGUCGUGUUAUUUUUGUGGACAUUGCAAAAUCCAAGCGUGUCAGAGAGGGAAUGCCUAUAGCAAGAGGGCCACCGGAACCAAUUGACACUUGAUUGACAUUAUAUGACCCCUUGGUUGAUUUGUUAUUGCCCCUACCCUAACUUGCACAGCU